GACUGCGUGAGUGACUGUCAAACAGCAUGGACGCGUGAGUGCCCCUGUCGACGAGAAAUAAUCAUCGCUUUGGUCCCAUUUUUCCAAUUUCAUCGGUUUUGUGUUGAUUGGCUCGCGGUGCGACGGGUGUGUGUUUUCUUUUACCUUCGGCGUACUGUUGUCUGAAGCGUCGUGCGAGAUCCUUUCCGGACAAACCGACCAGCCCCGGGGUAAUCGAUACGCGAAAAUCCCGGAACCUCGCUGCCUUCACCUGCGUGUGCUGUGCGCCGUACCCCGUUGAUCCCGCAACUUUUCUUCCGGCGACAGUGAAUUCUGCGACCGGGUCGCGCGAGACGGACACGAGGAACCACCAUCCGACCGGUCGCCACCAUCCACCGACACGCACCUUCUCCCGGGGUCACUUUCUACCUCCGGUCCCGCGUUAUCCCUCUGGCCUCCCCCUGUUCCCCGUAGAGGACAACCCGCGUCAAUCCCGUGUAUCGCGAAAGUGUGUGCAUCUAGAAAGCGGACCGCGUGUAUCAUCAUCACUUCCCAUGUGCGGUACAUUUUCCCCUAUCUCUUUCCGUCUCUCUGCGUGUGUAUCGCGUGUGCGCGCCAUUCUGCAAAUAAGUGUGAGCGGGACGGAAGAGGCGUAAAAACUCGCUGCUCUAUAUAUUGUGUGGUGCUGCAAAAAUCGGUGCUGCCCGGCACAAUCCGCAUUAUUCCCUUGGUGCACUCCGGUCCCGGGUCCGACCGGGUCUUGUUCGACAAGCCGCACGAAACAGUGUCCACAAGUGGUCAGCAAUGAUCAUACAUCUGCAAAGCCACAACAACAAACGGUGAAACUUCGCAUUGAUCGUUGAAGCAGUGACAAAACAUUGUGUAAUCAGAAACAACAACGUGUGACGACGAUACUUAACGAAAGUCCUGAGAGAAAUUACCAUUAGAAAAGGAAGCAUCCUAUCAAUUUUUCAAAAGAGUCCUUAUCAGUAGUAGACCAGCUCUAGCAGCCAGCGAUCACAAACCGGUGCCAGGAGUGGUGUUCACGUUGGGAACACAACGCAUCUAGUGGUCUAGUAGGAAGUCCGUUCAGAAGGGAGGAAAAGCUUCUCGAGUAGCUUUCCGUUUCCGGAAGCUUCCGUAAGGGUUAAACCGCAAACCGCGUUCCGCUGCGCAAUCUGCUUGUCUCUGGGGCGAAAGCACCACCGACAGCACCCACCUCCAAAACCCACUUUACAAAACGAUGGCUGUUUUUACGAAACUCUGCCUACCAGAUAUUGUCAAAUUAAAACGCUAGUUAGUAACCGCUGUCUUGUCCAUCUUCGUGCUUGUCGGUGGUCAUUACAAGAAUUUACUAAUUAACGUUUUUAAGGUACAAUAUCUGCAUUCUUGGGUUUUUUCCAUUCUUUUUCGUUCACUCGCACAUUACUUGUACUUGUACUAAUUUAGUUGUUGCUGUUUUGCGUAUACACUGUCACACCACCUCCGCUACUUAAAGUACGAACAGCAUCUUUGCAUCGAUUGUGAUACUGUUUUGUUUUAUUUUCCUCUUUCCCUCGUCUUCUACUAACUGUUGGCAAGAAAGCAUCGCUUUCUUUCACUUUCAGUCAAUCGUGUGCAUUCUGAAUUGUUGAUCACCUGUUUUUUUUAUACAUUUUUGUGUGUGUGUGUGUGGAAAAGUCAGCUUCCAUUCUCAUCGCUGAUUCCGUUACUUAACAUAUUUUUUUAAAGGUAACUGCUACUUUAAAGUUCACACUUGUAUUAGGCAUUACUAUCAAUACUUAAUAAUUUUAAUAUUAGUAACGCUUCGAGCACAAUCACACUAUUACCGUUGUGUGCUGUGUACGUAUGUGUUUGUAGUGAAAACAAACAAACCAACAACAACAUCGUAACACCAUUGUUUAAGAACGUUGGUGUGAGCUCGUGAGAAAGUGUCGCAUUUUUUGUUCAAGUUUGAGAUACACUAAUCGCUCUGGACAUCAUCGUUAGUGUGGUGUGUUGUAUAAGAGGCUGGAAUUUGCAAAUUACGGAAGCUCUAUUUUCGUGUGAGGGAUUGCUUUUAGCUGUGGUGAAGUAACGGAACCAUCAGCAACACGAACAAACUUGCGGCUAGCGGGUUGAAUAACUUACGAAAAAUCGUACUAGAGAAGACAUCUUCCUUUUGAACGUGAUUUAACAAGACUUGAUACACCACGCCGCAUACCGUCUGAUCGAUUUAAGGCAGAAAGCAAAGCUUUUCGUUGUUUGUUAAAAACCAAUAUCUUGGAUUGUAAUCUUAUUUCUUAUUUGCUUUGUACCGCUUGUACGAGCAAGUAUUUUAGAAAGACAAUUUCUGUUUGUCACUUAGAGAAAAGGUAUUCUCACUAAACACACUCCAAAUUCGGCUGCCUGAUUGGAGUACUGCUAUCCAAAAUCUAGGGCUCAGUCAGACGACGUUAAAGCUUCAAUCCUCAACUCUUCCAAUUCUGUCUGGUAGAACACUCUCAAAGUCGAUCGUUUAAGUUCGUCGCCUUAAGCAAACCCAAAGCGCAUCUUGUAAAGCAAGCAAAAUGGAUCCCUUUGAUCCCGAUAUUCUGUGGUUGGUGAUCCUGGGCUUCGUAAUAGCGUUUAUUCUGGCAUUUGGUAUUGGUGCUAAUGACGUUGCUAACUCGUUCGGUACGAGCGUUGGGUCGGGCGUGCUGACCAUACGUCAGGCAUGCUGGUUAGCCACCGUAUGCGAAGUGUCCGGCGCUGUUCUCAUAGGUUACAAGGUGUCCGAUACGAUGCGGAAAGGUAUCCUAGAGGUCGAGAUGUACAAGGGUAGCGAAAUCGAGCUGAUGCUUGGCUGCCUGUCGGCUCUCGGAAGCUCAGCGCUGUGGCUGCUGGUAGCAACGUUCCUUAAAAUGCCCAUCUCCGGCACACACAGCAUUGUUGGAUCGACGAUCGGUUUCAGCCUGGUCGCCCGUGGCACGCAGGGACUCAAGUGGAACACACUGCUCACGAUCGUUGGCUCAUGGUUCAUCUCGCCCGUGCUGAGCGGUUUGGUGAGCGUGCUGUUAUUCUGGAUGAUUCGCAAAUUCAUCCUGAACGCGAAGAACCCUCUGCGGGCCGGACUGUUCUCGUUGCCGCUGUUCUAUGGCACAACCUUGGCUGUGAAUGUCUUUAGUAUCGUGCACGAUGGACCAAAAUUGCUGUACAUGGAUAAUAUCCCGCUGUGGGUGGCGCUUGCGGUCAGCAUUACGCUUGGUAUCGUCGUGGCAACGCUGGUACAGCUGUUUAUUGUGCCGUGGCAAAGGCGUAAGAUACUCAACGGCGAGAAGACCCAAUUCACGGUCGGCGACUCAGAUGGAGAUUCGUCAUCGAACGGUAGCCCGCGCCGGGCGAAGCGACCGCUCUCUCUGGUGGCCAGCGAUGGUAAACCGCUGCCAGCAAUUACCGAGACAACCGAGCUGGUUUCACUGUCGUCGCAGCAUCAGCAACAGGCCUCACAAAAUGGGUUGGUGAAGAAGCUCUCAAAUGAGCUUUCGCCGGGCGGACCCUACAGCUUCAAUCCGGAGAUUGUUAAGAAGGCAAACAGCUUGCUUGGCGCGCACGACAAAACCAGCUUGGACAACACGGACCUAACGGUGACAAGCCUGAACUACAUCGAUGAGUUGCAAUCGUACCAUGGCAAUGGACGCUUCCAUCUCGGCACGUACUUUGACCGUCGCAACAGUACCAACGUAUCGCCGAAAUCACCCGACUCGGGACAUCUGAUCAAUGGAGGAUUGAAAGAACAACCUACCGUAAUCGCACUGCAGAAUGGCAAAUCACCCACCAGUCCGAAGAGCGACAGUACGCUUCCGAUAACCGACUACACGCUAAUGCCACAGAACGUGCUGCUGAGCAGCACGGAGCAAGACAUCAAAAAGACAGACAUGUGCAAGAUUGAAGCAGCCGCCGGUUUGGAACAUCCGCUCAUCAGUGCAACGCUCUCACCCAACUCGAGCAAAGUGCCAUUGAUUGGUGCGAAGGAAGGCUCCGAGGAGGACAACCGAAGACAAAAGCCGGUCGAAGAGAGCGAAGACGUGUCAACCCUGUUCUCCUUCCUGCAGGUUCUCACUGCUACGUUUGGCAGCUUUGCGCACGGUGGCAAUGAUGUCAGCAAUGCCAUUGGACCGCUGAUCGCGCUAUUCAUGAUCUAUCGCGAGGGUUCGGUGCUGCAAAAGUCGGAAACGCCACUGUUGAUCCUGUUGUAUGGAGGAUUGGGCAUUUCGGUCGGUCUGUGGCUGUGGGGUCGGCGUGUGAUCGAAACGAUCGGUAAUGAUCUCACCAAGAUUACUCCAUCGACUGGUUUUACCAUCGAAAUCGGUGCCGCCCUGACUGUGCUAAUAGCGUCCAAAAUUGGUCUGCCCAUUUCUACGACUCAUUGUAAGGUGGGCUCAGUUGUGUUCGUUGGGCAGGCAAACUCACGGCCAGCGACAGUCGAUAGCGGUAAGCAUGCGCAUCAUGCCGUGACUGCGCAACAGAAAGCGGUUGAUUGGGGGCUGUUCCGAAACAUCGUGUAUGCCUGGGUAGUCACUGUUCCGGUGGCAGCCCUGCUGAGUGCCGGUUUUAUGGUUGCCCUUCGCGCUAUCGUGUUGCCUUAAGAAGUGCGAAAUGGCUUUCGCUCCUACAACCAACAUCAGAACAGCAAUAAUUAAGUGACAGAAAAACAUAAAAUGCAACCGCGCUACGAAAUCAAGCGAAGAUGGGCAAGAAGUCGGCAGGGCAGCGAAGAAGCCGACAGGCGAAGACACCAUCCGGAAAUGCUGGACAUGCUGGAGUAAGCAUUGCGCUACAUGCACGUCUAUCACCAGACUCAAUCAAACAAAUGCACAACAGCAAUUGUUACACUCAGCUAGAGAGAAAAAAAAAAGGAUGAGAGGGGGCUGUUUGCCGUUCCACAUCGAAGGUUACACCUAUUCUUAUCUCCAGAACUUUAGUUACUUAAGCAACCACAUCCUUAAGAUUUAAGUAGUUUUGUACUGCGAUAUAAUAGUUAGUUCAUUCUCAUCUCAGAAUAUGUUUUUCGCGCAACACAACACUAGUCUCCAAAACGAAAAGUUACAGGGUUUUUGGUAUACACAACACUUGGGGAGAAAGCUUUAUUCAACCAUUGGUAAGCUGGUAAAGACUUGCCUUCUAAUAUGAUUGGAUGUUUGAAAUGAAGCAUUUUUUACCAUGUGCGGAGUACUAGCACAGUAUCGUCAUCAUUCAUUCAUCAGUUAGUUAAAAUUUUCCUAUAAGUUGUGAUUUUAUAAUUUUUCUCACUAGGUAUAGCAGAACAGUUCAAUGCUACGGUAUAUACGCAAAGUGUGCAAGCUCUUACAACAAGCUCAGCAAAGUAAGAAUAUUACGCAUACGCGUUGAAUAGGCAGGCGGAAAAUCUGUUGCGGGACAAACAGAUGACAGAGUGGUCGGAUUGUACUAGUUGACAGUUAGUUACUUCAACUGAGGCGUUUGUAUUGAUUGCACAGCCAGAUAGAAGGUAUAUCAAAAGAUACACACCUAACAGCAGCACAUGGCAGGAAACAAAUAUCAGAAAAGCAUGGUAUUGAGGGCGGGAGUAAAAUUCGAUAACAAUUAACAAACAACAAAACAAAACACACAACAAAACCAUAAACAGAUUGUAGAGGUAUUGUAAUUUACUGAUCGUUAGCAGUUAGUAAAUAGCAGCUAAAAAAGCUAGUGUAGAGUGAGAUCUAUGUAGCAUUAUGAGCCGUGCAGAUGAAAGAAAAGAUAAACCUAUACAAAUACCAACCGGCUCAAGCAGAGAGCAUAAAAGUGCCGAAACAGGUGCGGCGGAGUACAUUAAAACAAAACAGAUGAAA